AUGCCUUCGUGGGGGUCUGGGACCCCUCGGGGCAGAGGCGCGCUGCUCGCCGCCGCGCCCGCGGGCCGGCGUCGGGGGCCGUGGCCCCGAGCGGCGGCUGGCCAGGCAGGCGACGCGGGGUGGACGCGGGGCUGGCGCGAGGAGGCCGCGGCCGCUGCCGCGGCCCGCCUGCGCCUGGAGGCCCCCGACAAGUCGCCGCUGGACCUGGACAGCCUGCCGCCCCCGAGCCGCCCGGCCGCGCUGAGCGGCGCCGUCGGCGCGCAGGCGUCGCGCCUCCGCGCCGCGGCGCGUGCCGCGGCGGGCGCGGCGGGUCGGGCUGCGGCGCCCCUGGCCGACCUGGCCGCGGCGCUGCUGCGGAGCGCCUGGGAGCACGAGGAGGUGGUGGGCCUCCGGACCAGGCUCGCCCUGCUCGCCAGGCGGGCGGCGCCCACCGGGCGCGACUUCGUGGCGGCGGGCGUGGGGGCGGGGGCCGUGGCGGGGGCGCUGGCGGAGCUGGGGCAGGGCGCCGCCUUCCAGCAGGCGGCGCUGGAGCUCGGUGACCGGUGCAGCAGGACGCUCGCCGCGGGGACGCAGCCCCUGACCGAUGCGGCGAGGCGCGCCUGCCGCUCCGCCUGCGAGGCCGCGGGCGCCGCGCUCUUCUUGGUCGUGGCCCCGCCGGCCAUGUGCGCUGAGCUGCUGCUCGACGCCUGGGAGAGCCAGGAGCUUCGGCACAUCAGACGCGAGCUGACCGAGUUGCUGAGGUACGCUGCUCCCACCAAGCGCGACAUCGUCGCAACGAGCUUGGGGCUCGGCAUUGCCGUAUGGAUGCUGGAUAUCCGCGGCGGCGGUGGCCACGGGCACGCCGCCGCGAGGCGCGAGGCCGCCGCCGAUUCCUUCGUCGUCGACAACGACGUCUCGGGGGUGCCGAACGCGCUGCGGCAUAAGGACUCGUUCGGCGGGUACAUCCUGCUUGCCAUGUUCGCGGGCUGUGGCAUCUUUCUGGCGGCAUUCCAUUGUUGGAUUACCUCCCAGGAUGCAAGAUAA